AUGUCCAGAUAUGUGGCUGUGAAAGUCAUUACUGCUGAUACCAGCACUUGUACGCCCGAGGCUGGUCUUCUAUCUUCUCUCUCAAACUCGCUAUCCAAACUAGGAAGAGAGACUAUUCCGUCUCUCAUCGAUGAAUUCUGGGUUACCGGUCCUAAUGGGAAGCAUAGGUGUAUUGUCACCCCGCCGGCACGAAAAAGCUUGUUCGAUGCAAAGGAGACUUCGACGUUCGGUCUUUUUCGGCCCAAGGUCGCACAGUCGAUCAUUACCCAGCUUAUUCGUGGCGUCGCAUUCCUUCACUAUAAAGAUACUGUGUACGGUAGUAUGCGAUACGUAUAA